GCGCAGUGGCAGAGGUUCGCCUGGAGACGGUGACGCCGGGAGCGGAGCGCUGCUGGGUUGCGCCUUAAAGGAAUUCCGAAUCAUGCUGGGCAUGAAACCUUCAGUAUUCCUGUUAAUGGUCAACGGACAAAUCGAGAGCGCGGAUUUUCCUGAGUUUGAUGAGCUGUAUUGCAAAUAUUCCUAUGUAUAUGGGCAUGACUGGGCUCCAACAACGGGUCUGGAGGAAGGGAUAUCCCAGAUCACAUCGAAAAGUAAGGAUUGCAAUCAAUGCUUUGUGUGGAAUUUUCCCAUGGAGAUCACAUUCAAGAGUACCAACCCAUAUGGUUGGCCUCAAAUAGUAAUUAGUGUUUACGGACCUGAUCUUUUUGGAAAUGAUGUGGUCCGUGGCUAUGGAGCUGUUCAUGUUCCUAUGACUCCUGGAAGGCACAAGCGAACCAUUCCAAUGUUUGUUCCUGAGUCUUCAUCAAGACUGCAAAAAUUUACAAGUUGGCUCAUGGGAAGACGUCCAGAAUUCACAGAUCCUAAGCUGGUUGCCCAAGGAGAAGGAAGAGAAGUUACAAGGGUUUUGUCACAAGGCUUUGUUACCAUCUCCUUCAAUAUUGUCACCAAGGAUUUGAAGAAACUGGGAUACGACGCAACCCCUGCUAACAAUCAGACUCUUGGAACAUCUGAUGGCUAAAUGGAAUCCCAUCCUGCAGAUAUGAACCAAAAGCUGAAUUUCUAAUUGGGCAGCAUUUAUAGACAAAGAAAGAGUUAAUGUUUUAGGUCAGUGAUAUUUCAUCAGAACUGAGAAUGGUUACAGAUUUAAAAUUGUAUUGCUUUCCAAUUAUUCCCUGUUUGAUUCAAGGCCAAUCUGAAAUGUUAACUUUGUCACUCUCCACAGCUGCUGCUGCUUGAUCCACUGAGAAUUUUUGUCUGUUGAGUUCCAAACUGCUUGACAUUGUCUAUUUAAUUUUUUUUAAACUGAACUGACUCAGCUAUUGGUUUCUGACUAAAUAUGAUUCAUGGCUGCAGGAUGAAUUGAAUAUAUUUCACAUUUCAGUUUCUAGAAGGUCACAGUACCAUAAAAUAACAGACACUUUGACUUCUGUUCUUACCAUCUUCGUGAUUGGUACAAGCAUGGCAGAAAUCCACUCAAGGUCCCUUUCCAAGAGCAAACGAUUUCUAUGCUGAGAAGUCAAUUUCCCUAAAAGUUGAAUCUGACCUUAUAUUAAAUACUACAACAGUUUGGAAAAGUACCUAAAUGUUAAUCUGAAAUACUGAAAAAACAGAAGAUUUAUAAAACAGGGUGAAAUACCCUUUUUUCAACAAUGUGCCUCUAUUUUUAAUCAAAAUUUCUCUAUUCAUAUUAGCCUUAGCUCAGUAAUACAACUACCCAUGAAGUACUCCUCUUGCCCAAUGAGCAAAAGAUCUUGUCUCAUUUGAAAUACUUUAAAAUGGGCAAAAAGGCUUCAGAUUGACUGGCUGUAGUAUUAAUUCAGCAUGGUCAAAAUUAAGAUGCAUUUACUGUAUUCUUGAUGCCAUUUGCAAUAACGGUAUGCUUGAAAUAAGUUAUCGUUACAGCUCAUCAGUAAUUAUAGUCAUGAUGGUGUGAAUUUUAACAGUAAGUCUAUCUUUAAUGCAUUUAUCAAAAAACAUUGAGAAUUUAUCUAUGUUUGUCAUUAACACUUCAGCUAAAACAUGAUAGUACUAUUCUCAUGGGCAGAGCUAUUUACUUGAUUUAAUGAAGAUAAUUAAUUCUGUCCAAUGGAACCAUUUCUGUAAGUACUCUUGAAUGUGAUAGGAUUGAUGUCUAGAAAAAGGAAGGCAAGCAGCAUAACAGUUGGAAAUCUACUUGUGCCCUGGUCUUAGAGUAUGCUACAACCUCUUGGUAAAAUAUGGAGGAAGUGAGUGGAAACACUUAGGAAGUACAGAAAGUUGUGUGGAUAGCACUCUAUGAUGCAAAAAUAAUCAAGUGCUGAAUGAUUUUGGAACUACAGAACAGAAGUUUCUCCAAGUGACUUGCAUCAAUUUGUGUCUAUUGUAUUCCAUUUUUCUUUUUGAAAUUGAAUUUGCCUUUAAAAUCAAUGCUUCUAUUGCUCUCCCAUUUGUAGCUAGCUUGCAGUUCAUCCUAUCAACUGAUUCCAUACAUUUAGAUCUUUAGUCAUGGAUUUGGGAGGUUCUUCAUCAAAACACUUAUAAAUCCAAAUAUCUUGCUAACUGUAAGACCAGUGUCCACCCUUUGUUGUUUCAAAAAGUUCAAUAAGGUUAGUCAAGUGUGUUCCCUUUUCAAAGUGCAUGCUGACUGUGUAAUAUUUUCAGUUUAUAAAUGUUCUUAAGAUAUAAUAAUUUGAGUAAGGCUUCCAUUAUAUUUAAUGCCAUUUAUGUCACAUUAAUUAAUCUAUUACUAUGGAUGGGUUCUAUCUUCCAUUUUACAAUUAACAAUCACCUUAGUUGGCAUAAGCCAUCCAGCACUAUUCCCUUUACUAGCAACUUUCUUUUUAUCUGAGCAGCAUGAUCAUUUCCUUUUUUUUGUUUGUAAAGUGAUGAAAUGAAUGUUACUUUCAAAUGUUUAUUAAAUGGACCUAUUUUCCAAUCUUA